UGUAGAACAGAAUAGACUGUCGAACGUGGCCAAUUCGUAUACCUAUGUCUUGGUCUUGAGCACGUCGAUCGCAUAAUCAGGGGACGGGGCCUGCUGUGUCCGGAAUCGCAGUCUAUCCGCUGGAUUGCCUGGCAAUACAUGUAUUUCCUCCGCAGACUCAUCAAGAACAUACACGAUAAAAAAAACAAUACCAGUUAUAUCCAAAUCACUCUACCAACCAUGAGGUUCUCUACUUCCAAUACCCUCAUCGCAGGUCUAUUAGCCUCCACUACCUUUGCAGCCUUCGACCAAAACCGCGGAGGCGCCGUUCUCAAAGCCCCCGAGGGCCAAUCUUUUACCUCCGCCACCGGGACCUUCACCGUUCCUAACCUGAGCGGCCCCAACAAGCUUUCCAUAUGGGUUGCGAUCGGGGACACGCUCGCGCAAGACGUAGUGCUCAAUGGCGGCAUCACCUAUUCCAACGGCCUGACGUCCUUCGCCGGGUGGUUCCCCGCCAACGAAACGGACAUCACCAGCGCUGUGCCUAUCAAGGCCGGCGACUCGAUCAUCGUCACGUUGUCCGUGUCCGUGUCCGAGACGGAUAAGUCGACCGGCACCGUUGUCGUCGAGAACACGACGCAGAACGGGAAGUCGACCCAGACCCUUCCCCUUCCGGCCAAAGUGGGAGACCCGAGCAAGUUAACAUCGCUCGCGGCGGACUGGUUCGUCCAGGCGUACCAGAAUGCCGGGGAGCUCGUCCGCGUGCCGCGUUUCGGCACGAUCGCUUUCACGAGGAGCAGCGCGACUCUCGCGGACGGGGCUACGGUGGGACCGGUGAGGGCGGGGACGUUCGAGAUUCAGGGCACUAGCGGGCAGAUACAUAUAUUCCAGGCAUCACGGUUCGCCAGCUACAGUGAAGAGACUUGGGGGUGUUGGGAAGUGGAACGGAAAACAGGCAGGGGAUGUUUGGCUAUCGCUACUACCUCGAUAAAAGAUAUAAUUAAUGUAUAUAAGGUAUAUAGUCCACGGGUUCAGCUCAAGAUUUAUCGAUGAUUUCCCUGGGUAACAUCUACUCAAAAUACCUUAGGUUAGGCACCUACCUGACAAACCACAUAGUGCCAUUUACAUAAUCUCUAGGAGUGUGUAUCAAACAACUAUAUACUAUACCUCUUACUUAACUCCAAUUCCAGACACUUUUCUUCUACGAUAAAAUCAAAUACACAAUCCUGUAUCCAUUGAGGUGUGCAUCAUGCGGCAGCAAUAUAUCAAGAUCAGAAGUCUAGACCCCUUCCGCCGCCUACCCCCAAUACAACAAGCCCAACGGCUAUUCCCA